UAUGUCUUACGAUCUUCACAUAUAUAUCAAACACACUUAUAACACAUUAAGUAAAGUGAGUUAUAUAUAUUAAGUUUAUAUAUUCCUAUCACUACUUAAGCCAUGGAGAAGAAAGCAGUAGCUGCCUUGUCCUUCCUCUUCCUCGUUCUCUUUGUUGCACAAGAAAUAGCGGUGACUGAAGCAAAAACUUGUGAGAAUCUGUCUGACACAUUCAAGGGACCAUGCAUCCCAGAUGGUAACUGUAACAAGCAUUGCAAGGAGAAAGAGCACUUACUUAGUGGCAGGUGCAGGGAUGAUUUUCGCUGUUGGUGCACUAAAAACUGUUAAAUUCCCUUUCUCCAACACGCAGCAAGGACAUUAUAUAUAAAUAAAAAUAAAUAAAUAAAUUUAUAAAUAAAUAAAUAAUAAUAUGCAGUAUACAUAGCUAAGAGUAUACAUAGCUAAGACUGCAUCGGUAUGUUGUCCUGCGUCGAUGUGAAUUAUGUGUGUACUCAAUAUCGUGCGUAACAUGUUAGUUAUGCACUUUGUUAUAUGCAAUAAAAACACUAGUAAUCAUAAGUUAGUUUAGAA